CUGAUGCUCAGCUGCUUCCUGCUCUGGAUGUCUCUGCAGCCAGAUUCCCGUAAUCAUGUGUCAGCAGUCAACCUGCGGCGUUUCAUUGGUUGUGCAGUUCGGGAGUUUACUUUCCUGGCCAGGAAGCCUGGAUGUGGCAGCCUGCACAUCACCACCGAUGCCUGCUGGGGGCGCUGUGAGACCUGGGAGAAACCGGUCCUUGAGCAUCCGUUCAUCGAGUCCUACCAGCAGGUUUGUACCUACAACAGGACUCGUCUGGUCACUGUGAAACUACCCGACUGCCAGCCCCAUGUGGACCCCACCUACACCCAUCCUGUGGCCCUGAGAUGUGACUGUGGGGUCUGUCUGACAAGCACCACUGAAUGCAUAACAUCUGUGUGAAGAGAGGGUACAUUUAGCUUUAUUUACUAUUUACCACAAUUUAGAGC